AUGUUCGACAAAGAGCGUUUUAUUAUUGAAGUACAAGAAAGACCUCCUUUAUAUGAAGUGAAGUCGAAGGAAUACGCCAAUCGGGAACUAAAAGCGAAGUUAUGGAUGGAGAUAGGACAGGAAGUGGUUGCUCAUUGGGCUGAUUUAGGCCCAGAAGAAAAAAACAAAGCUGUAAAGGACCUAAUGAAGAAGUGGAAGAAUAUAAGAGAUAGUUAUAAAAAAGAAGUUAAUUUAGAAACUACCACAUUAUCGGGACAAUCAGCUCCAAAAAAGAAACGAUAUAUUUAUUAUGAGUUGUUGUCCUUUUUACGCCCUAGCGUCAGUAUUGCAGAAGAACGUGAGUCCAACGUAUCUCCAAUACCUUCGAAUUCAUCACAAAAUCAGGAUUUUGAAGAAGAUAAUUUGAUGAGACCACCGCGACAAAACCAAGUUCCUACCAAAAGAAAGAAACAAAUGGAAAGUACCCAAAUUCCGCAAAUAACAAAAAUUUAG